UUUUCUUAUCUAAUUUUAGUAGGUAUUACUUAUUUCGCCCAUACACAUGCAAUUACCUGUAUCGUUCUAGCUGCCACACCCAGACCGACCCCGCGUCCCACACCAGCUCCGAUCAAAGAUUGUCAAUACAGAGAUAUGGACGUCGUCUUCCUCCUCGACAAAUCAACAAGUCUUCAAACACAGACCAACUUCAAUAAGGAGCUUGUUUUCGUCAAUGACUUCCUGGAUGAAAUCAACAUCGAUUCCGGAUCCGCCCAAGUCGCAGUAAUGACAUUCAGCGACGACCCAAAGGUCGAAUUCCACCUAAACCGCUACAACAGCAAAUUUGGAGUCAAACAAGGUCUGCUUGGUGUCAAGUACACGUACGGCAACACUUACACAGACAGAGCUGUGAAGACCCUUGUUGACGACGUCCUAACUACCAGGAACGGGGCUCGCCCUGGAGUCAUCAAGGUCGUUAUCAUUGUCACAGACGGCAAGUCGACAGAUCCUUAUGCCCUCGCCGACCAGACCGCACGGCUGCACAGACAGUCCGCUACCGUUUUCGCCAUUGGUGUCGGCGAAGCAAUUGAUGCAUCAGAGCUACGUAUGAUGGCGUCCGAAUCGGACAAUGUGUUCAUGGUGGAUGAUCUCAACGCCCUCCAGAACAUCCGCUUACAGUUGGUGUCACGUGUCUGUGGAAAUGACCGAAACAAUUUCCCACUGGACCGUUUCCGCCUUGGACCAAGAGCCUAAGGUAUUACCUACAUACAGUAACGCAUCAUGCUACGAAUUUCCCUUAUGGUAUCACUACUG